AUGCUUGACUUUACUAAGUUACAGGUGGUUGGAGUAUGGAUUCUUGCAUUUUAUCUCCUUGGCACAGUAGCAGGUAAAGAGGUUUGCUACCCCAGGAUUGGCUGUUUUACAGAUGACCCACCCUGGUCUGGAGUACCAGGGAGACUUCUGACAGGUUUGCCCGACUCUCCAGAGCAUAUGAACAUCAGCUUCAACCUCUACACCAGAGAAACGGGAAAUAACUCACAGGUGAUCUCAGCAAUAAACUCCUCAACCAUCAAAAACUCACAUUUUUCCUCACGUAGGAAAACUUCCUUCAUCAUUCAUGGAUUUGGCAGCACUGGAAAAGAAGGCUGGGUGGUAGAAAUGUGCUUGCUGUUACUGGAAGUGGAAAACACCAACUGCAUUGCUGUCGACUGGAGCGACGGUGCAAAAGGCACCUACGUGGCUGCAGUGAACAACAUUCGCGUGGUCGGGGCCGAGGUUGCUUAUUUCCUAGAAACCUUACAGAAAAUCUUCAGAUACUCCCCUCGGGAAACCCACUUAAUUGGCCACAGUCUGGGAGCACACACUGCAGGAGAGGUGGGAAGAAGGUUCCAAGGCAUCAGGCGGAUAACAGGCUUAGACCCUGCUAGACCCUAUUUUGAAGGCACUUCUCCUGAGGUGAGACUGGAUCCAUCAGAUGCAAACUUUGUUGAUGUUAUUCACACUAACGCUGCUAACUUUCCUACUGCAGGGCUUGGAAUCUAUAACACCAGUGGUCACCUGGACUUCUACCCAAAUGGAGGAUCAGUGAUGCCUGGAUGCACCGAUUUAAUUCCAGAGAUAAAACAAAGUGAUUUUGAAGUUAACCUUGCAGAUGUUCCGGUCAUCGGGACGUGCCAUCACUCACGCAGCCACGAGUAUUUUCUUCAAAGUAUCCUCUAUAUCACUGGAUUCCUUGGUUAUCCCUGUGAAACCUACAAAGCCUUUGAGUCAGGAGACUGCUUCCCAUGUCCACGUGAGGGAUGUCCCAUGAUGGGGUACUAUGCUGACAGAUUCCCAGACAAACUGAAGAGGGUAAACCAAAAGUAUUUUUUAAAUACUGCAGCAGACCCACCUUUUGCUAGUUGGAGACAAAAAGUAUGUAUCAAACUGUCUGGUGUAAACAAAAUGAGGGGGGACAUAAACCUAAUUUUCCAUGACACAGAGGGGAACACAAAAGAAUAUGAAAUUGCCAGUGGAGUCCUCUCUCAAGACCAACUUUAUACACAAUACCUAGAUGUUGAAGUUAACCCAAAAAAUACCAUAAAAAUUGAAUUUCAGUGGAAUAAAGCUGUAUUUACUCUGCUGUGGGCAAGACUGGGAGCAGAAAAAGUAGAGAUAAUUCAUGGAGAAGAUGGAAAGAGGUCAAUUUUUUGUGGACAUGGAACUGUGGCAUAUGGAGUUCCCCAGCUACUUACACCUUGCUAG